AUGGAGCUCGGUAGAUAUCUGUACGAAAGCCUGCUUUCUGUGCCAAACAUUCGCAUCUAUGGACCAGCACCUUCAGAUAAAUGCCAGAGAGCUGCCCUUUGUUCUUUCAAUGUCGACAACAUACAUCCUACUGAUCUUGCAACAUUUUUGGAUCAACAGCAUGGAGUGGCUAUUCGUUCGGGUCACCAUUGUGCCCAACCUCUCCAUCGUUAUCUUGGCGUCAAUGCCAGUGCACGUGCUAGUCUAUACUUCUACAACACGAAGGAAGAUAUUGACCGCUUUAUUCAUGCCCUCAAGGACACAGUCAGCUUCUUCCAUUCCUUCAAGUAA